AUGGAACAAGCGAAGAAGGAAGAAAAAAACCGCAACACCAACGGCCAACGGCGCAAGAUCAGCCAAUCCCUUCACUCCAUCCGGCCUAUGGGAAGACGCAGUGGGGACAGAUCAUGGUCAAAGCCUCGAGGUCUGUGUGCCAGUCAGUGCUGGCUGCAUCUCGGUAUGCAAGGUACCAGGGGUAAUCAUGGUAGACGAUGGGAGGAGCAUCCAAGUGUACAAGAGACUAGACAGCUACGCUGA